AAAACACCGACGGACCUCUCGAGUCAGCGCCUCAAAUCACACGACCUACAGCGGCAGGGCAAGACUCGUGGUCGGUUAGGAGCAGCUGUCAACGCCACGUCGACUAAAACAAACAAACUAACGCUCAAACAGUUGUUCCUCUCUUUGUUUUUUGUUCCGUCGGUGUGAGCCGGAGUUAUCAGGCUGUAAACCAUGCUGGACCCGUCCUCCAGCGAAGACACCGGCGGGGAGUCCGACUCAGAAGUUGCGCCGGAGGAGGUUCCACGGAAACCGGGCGCCUCCUUGUCGGUGAAACGGGGAAGUAGCAGUCGAGCGGGCGGCCAGCAGUCCGCUGCACCUGGGGGUGUCUCCGGUAAAGGUCCGAAAGACAGUGGCGCUGCAGGUGAGGAGGAGGAGGAGAGGAAGGAGCGGGAGCGGAUCCAGAGAGAGGAAGAGGAGAGAAAAACUAAACUGCAGAUUUAUGUGUUCGUCCUGCGGUGCAUAGCCUACCCUUUCAACGCCAAGCAGCCCACCGACAUGGCCCGGCGGCAGCAAAAGGUGAACAAGCAGCAGCUUCAGGCAGUGAAGGAGCGUUUUCUGGCCUUCCUCAAUGGGGAAACUCAGAUUGUGGCAGAUGAAGCUUUCUGCAAUGCCGUGAGGAGCUACUACGAGGGUUUCCUGAAGAGUGAGCGUGUUUACCGGAUGGUUCAGAGUGGUGGCUGCUCAGCCAAUGACUUUCGAGACGUCUUUAAGAAAAACAUAGAGAGGCGCAUUCGCAGCCUCCCGGAGAUUGACGGCCUGAGCAAAGAGACUGUGCUUAGCUCCUGGAUUGCCAAGUACGAUGCCAUCUACAGGGGGGAUGAGGACAUGCGGCGCCAGACACAGCGGGCGCACCUGAGUGCUGUGUCGGAGCUCAUCCUCAGUAAGGAGCAGUUGUACGAGAUGUUCCAACAGAUACUGGGCAUCCGGAAGUUUGAGCACCAGCUGCUGUACAACGCCUGUCAGUUGGACAAUGUGGAUGAGCAGGCAGCUCAGAUCCGCAGAGAGCUUGAUGGCAGGCUCCAACUUGCUGAGAAGAUUGCCAGGGAAAAGAGAUACCCAAAGUUUGUCUCUACUGACAUGGAAGCUCUGUAUGUGGAGGAGCUGCGCUCAUCCGUCAACCUUCUGAUGGCAAACCUAGAGAGUCUGCCAGUGUCCAAGGGAGGCCCAGACUUUAAACAGAAACUCAAACGCUCCUCUAUGAACAACUCCUUCCUGGAUCUUGGAGACGAGGGAGACGUCUUGUCCAAAUCUGACGUUGUGCUGUCUUUCACUCUGGAGAUUGUCAUCGUGGAAGUCCAGGGUCUGAAGUCCGUUGCUCCAAACCGGAUUGUGUACUGCACUAUGGAGGUGGAGGGAGGAGAGAAGCUGCAGACGGACCAGGCAGAAGCCGCCAGACCACAGUGGGGGACUCAGGGGGAUUUUAUCACAACUCACCCACUGCCCUCGGUCAAAGUAAAGCUGUUCACAGAAUGCACCGGGGUCCUGGCUCUGGAGGACAAGGAGCUGGGCCGAGUGGUCCUCAACCCCACCACCAAUGGACCAAAGCAGGCUGAGUUCCACAGGAUGGCCGUCCCCAAGAACAGUCAGGACGCCGAGCUGAAGAUCAAGCUGGCCGUCCGCAUGGACAAACCCCCCAACAUGAAGCACUGCGGGUACCUGUACGCUCUGGGACAAAGACUCUGGAAACGCUGGAAAAGAAGAUAUUUUGUUCUUGUUCAGGUGAGUCAGUACACAUUUGCCAUGUGCAGCUACAGAGAGAAGAAGGCCGAGCCUCAGGAGCUGAUGCAGCUGGAGGGCUACACUGUGGAUUACUGUGAUCCUCAGCCAGGUCUUCAGGGUGGUCGAGUGUUUUUUAACGCGGUGAAGGAGGGCGACCUGGUGAUGUUUGCCUGUGACGAUGAGUCGGACCGAGUCCUGUGGGUUCAGGCCAUGUACCGGGCCACGGGACAGUCCUACAAGCCAGUUCCACCUCUCCAGAACAAAACCACAAAUUGCAGAGGAGGGAUUCAGAAAGCCGCAUCGCCUAUCAGUCUGGAUCCGUCUCAGCGUCAGGGAGUGGAGGGGUUGAUCUCUGCAGCUCCGUGUCACUUCGACCACGCCACCCUGUUCAGCGUUUUACAGAAACACACUCUGCAGCACCGCAUGAACGACUCCUUCUCCUGCCUGGGUUGGUUCAGUCCUGGUCAGGUGUUCGUCCUGGACGAAUACUGCGCGCGGUACGGCGUCCGAGGUUGCCACCGUCACCUGAGCUACCUGAAGGGUUUGAUGGACUAUUCGGAGAACAGCACACUGGUUGACCCCAUGCUGCUGCACUACAGCUAUGCCUUCUGCGUCUCCCACGUCCACGGGAACAGGCCUGAUGGGAUGGGGACUGUGACCGCAGAGGAGAAGGAGGAGUUUGAGGCCAUCAGAAGUCGUCUCAUGGCUCUGCUAGAGUAUCAGAUCACACAUUUUAGGUACUGCUUUCCGUUUGGACGACCAGAUGGGGCCCUGAAGGCAACGCUCUCCCUGCAGGAACGGGUUUUGAUGAAGGACAUCACCACACCAGUCCCUCCAGAGGAAAUGAAGAAACUCGUGCAGAGGUGCCUGGAAAAUGCAGCUCGGAUCAACUACAGUCAGCUGAUUGAAUAUGCCCAGAUCAAGGUGGAUGCUCAGGCAGCUCCAGAGAAAAGACUGGAGGACAUGAUGAGACUGGGGGAGCUCUGCAUUGAAGUCCUGCAGCAAAAUGAUGAGCAUCACUCUGAGGGAAGAGAGGCUUUCUUGUGGUGGCCGGAGCUGAUGGCCGAACACGCCGAAAUGUUUCUGUCACUGUACAGAGCCAACAUGGAUGCUGCGCUUCAGGUCCAGCCUGUCGACUCAUGGGACAGUUUCCCACUUUUUCAGCUUCUCAACAACUUCCUGCGAACUGACUCUCACCUUUGUAAUGGAACGUUCCAUAAACACCUGCAGGACCUGUUCGUCCCCCUAGUGGUGCGCUACAUCGACCUGAUGGAGUCGUCCAUCGCACAGUCCAUCCACCGUGGUUUUGAGCAGGAAACCUGGCAGUCUGUCAAGUCGCUAACAAACAAUCUAGCAAGCGUUCCUCUCCCAAAAGUCCCCAGUCUUCCACUGACGCUGCCACAAAUGCCCAGUUUUUCAGCACCUGCCUGGAUGGGACCGCUGUGUGAGAACACCUUGCAAGGAAUUAAUCUGCCCAACAUCUUUAAUGGCUCAGCGACCUCAGAAGAUUUGUUCUGGAAGCUGGACGCUCUGCAGAUGUUCGUGCUUGACCUCCACUGGCCGGAGCCCGAGUUUGCCAAACAUCUGGAGCAGAGACUAAAACUGAUGGCCAGUGAUAUGAUGGAGGCCUGUGUCAAGAGAACAAAAUCUGCGUUUGAUGCCAAGAUGCAGAAAGCGAGUAAAUCGACAGACUUCCGGGUGCCACUUUCAGUCUGCACCAUGUUCAACGUGCUGAUGGACGCUAAGAAGCAGUGCUCCAAACUCUGCGUGCUGGACACGGGUCAGGAGAUUGACAAACAAUGGCAACAUUACCACUCUAAAAUCGAUGUCCUUAUCGAUGAGGCAUUCAAAGAAAUGAUCUCCUCCCUCAUCUCAAAGUUUGCCGGUGUUUUAGACGGUGUCCUUUCCAAGCUCUCGAGAUACGAUGAAGGAACAUUCUUCUCUUCAAUCCUCUCUUUCACAGUGAAAGCUGCUGCCAAAUAUGUGGAAGUCCCUAAACCAGGGAUGGAUGUGGCCGACACCUACAUCACCUUCGUACGACAGAACCAGGACAUCCUCAGAGACCGCAUCAACGAUGAGCUCUACAUUGAGGAAGUGUUCGAUCAAUGGUAUACUGGCUGCAUGAAGGCUGUGUGUGUUUGGUUGACUGACAGACUGGACCUGCAGCUCCACACGUACCAGCUAAAAACACUCAUUAAGAUUGUGAAGAAGACCUACCGUGACUUCAGGCUGCAGGGUGUGCUGGAUGGCACGUUGAACAGCAAGAGCUACGAGACCGUAUACAACCGUCUGACAGUGGAGGAAGCCACAGCCGCCGUCAAGGCGGGAGAUGGCCUGCAGGGCAUCAGCAUGAGAGACAGCGAUGAGGAGGAUGACUAAAUCUACACACACACACGCCCUGUUUCUACUCCAUUGUUAUCUUCUCUAACAGAUUAGGACCAUCUAUGACUUUUAAUUACAUGUGUCCUUCACGUCGCUAAACAGGUCUCAUUCAAACCUACCAAGACUAAACCCCAGACAACACAUGUUAUUUCAGACUAAUGUGUAUCUAAAGUAGGUGCUACUGGACAGAAUGGCUGUGAUUUGUUUUUUUCCAACAGCAGAACAGGUUAAGUUAUAAAGUUAGAAUGUGUGCAGUGAGCUCAGCCCUAUUGGAGCUUGUUAGCCUUGUUGUUAAUGUCCACACAACUCUGUUCCAGUUCACCAAAAACAGUCAUGUUAUAUGUUACAGUCACAGCAGGGCGAGUUACGCUGAUGUAUAGUUAAGUGUACUUAAAGGUGCAGGUCAGCAUUUUGUUUUGUGAGAGAAUUCGACUUCUGCUCAGAACAAAGAGCCACAUUUUCCCAGAACUAUUUAAAAUCCUUGAAAACAGACUCUACUUUCAAGUCUUUUUGUAGCAAUCCUGCGUACUGCACCUUUAAGUCUACUUAACUCUCUCAUUUGUACCAUGAAUUGAACUGAAUCUUAAUCUAACAGUAUCAUUACAGCCCUAACCUAACUUUAGCCUGGUGUUAGUCUUUGUAGAUAACGUAGUGGACGUUUUAUAAAAGCUUUACGACCGCUGUCAUUAGGUCAUGAUGAAGACAUGUGUGAUAAGACAGUCCAGCAGUUACAUAGCUCACCUGAACAGAGGAAAUAUCUGCAGUGUUGAUAAAAGAUUGUGUAUAAGCAAAAAUUGUAUUCAGCAACAUCAGGCGCACAAAAACAGUCCACGAGUCUGUCUCGCAAUACUUUUUACCUUCCUAGUUCUGUUAAUUUAUUUAGUAAGUUCUGGCUCUCUGGUGUCAAACACCUUAACCACUUGAAUAUUGAACAUAUAAUGAGAAAAGUUGGAGAGGAGAGCUCAGGUCGUGACUUAUCACACGCUCCAUUGUCCAGAAACACUGUUACUGCACAUGUCUGCCAGAGGGAAAAGUUAGUCAAGCUGACAAAAGGCGUCUUUAAAAAGUGAUAGAGCGAGGUGUUGUCACCUUUGGUAUAGGCAGUCGCCUUUUUGUUUUCUUUCACGCGUACCUUAUUGUUAAAAGCUCAAAAGACUCUAAAACCUUAGCGUCUCACCCACAUGCUGCCACAUUCCUGACAGCAACAGCAGCGAAAUCCAACAAAGAGAUUUGGUUUUAUUUGAUAGAAGGCUUGGAAUUGCAAAGUUCUGUCGGACUUUAUCAAAGCUUGUCCACAUUCAUAUUUCCAGUAAAUCAUUCAGUGAAUUUAAGCACAGCCACCUUGUGUUUUCUGGACGAGCGAUUGCUUUUGACGGUCAGUGCAUUUACCUGCACAGUUUAAUCGAGCUAAGGCCUUAGUCUGACUAACACAGGCAAUCGGACAACGUGCUGAGUCCGAAUUUACAUGCGGAGAAGAAAUUGAUUUAUUGGUCUGACUCCGCCUCUGUAGGUGGCGCUGUAUCCUUUAUGUCACAGAAAAACAGCGAGCGGUGUGAUGGAUUGUGCUGUGGUUCUGUAUGUUUCGUACCUGCUGUACAUGUUGAAUCGAGCAUGGCUCUUGUGGUUGCUGUGUUGUCCGAAGAAAGAUGCCGCCGCUGUUUGUAUGUCGUCAUCUUCUCCUUCUACUUCCGGGUCAAAGACCAGGGAAGGAAAUUUUGGUGCAUGCUCAGAACGCCAAGUCCGCCUCCAAUCCCACUAAGUGUAUACAUGCAGGUGUAAUCAGACUAUAAUCGUAUUAUCCAGGGAUGUUAAUCUGACCAAGACCCGCUCGAUUUUAGUCGGACUAAUGUGUUUACAUGACAUUAAGAAAACCAAAUUAUUGUCUUAGUCUGACUAAAAUCAGACUUUUAACGUGCAUGUUAACACACUGACUGUUAUAACACCUCAAAAUCAUCUGCCAGCAACCUUUUUAGCACUUUUUAAUCUUAAAGUAGUAGCUUUAAUUCAUAUAUUCAUCCUCUGUGGAUUGCUUUCUUUGUCCAUUUUAGGUUAUGUUGUAGAAAGUAAGGACGAGAGGAUACAGUUUAUUUUCCGCUGACUGGUUAAUUGACUGGUCUUUUCAGAACCUUAAUAGAUUACAGGUUGGCUCUCUAUGGAUUUGUCCGUUAUUUCUGUUACAGUUGUUGCCACCAAGUUCUCAACUUCUAAGAAAAAAACAAUCACAUUAAACGAACGGUUAAUUAUAGAAACCUACUGUAUGUCGGGGAGGUCAAAGUGAAUGUAGCAAAGCUGGUGAUAAUGUUUGAUAAUGAAAUUAAGAAUGAUGAAAUAUCAGAAUGCACAUAAAGGAAAAAAAGGUCAAAGGUGAAGCGGCAAAUGAGAAAUGGGAACAAUUUGAGGAAUAGUUUCCUUGUAAGUCAUCGCUUUUGUUUCUAAACUCUGUUUGACCCACUCAUGUUUUAUGUACAAUGUUACAGUAACUGAUGAUGCACUAACAACACCCAAACUGUAAUUACCAUGAUUAUACUAUACUGUGUUUGCCACAACCCCUUUAUUCUACUUGUCAAGCAUUGAUAUUAUAAAAUGGCUUUGACAUGAGCAGAAUCAAGAAUUUUCCAGUUAUAUUUUUAUUAUUAUUGUUAUGUUUUUAUGUUUAUGUUAGAAAGGACAGUGCUUAGCUUAACAUUUGAGUGUCUGAAGUCUGCAGACAAAUUCUAAAGCUGAUGCAAGUGUCGCCGCACUGCUGUAGCUCCUUACUCUCAGCCUUAUGUAGCUGAAAAAUGUCCCCACUGUUAAACAAGGACAUGUGGUCUCAGGUGGUAAAAGACACACACAUGUAUAACCAUAAUCCUUCAGGUGAACGCUCUGUGAAGAAGAGUCGAUUUCACCACACGAAGGUUCUCUAAAGAUGCUGGAAGUGUAAGUGGGCGGGGGGACGGGGACGCGUGUCGUCGUAGAUCUGCUGUCAUAGCUGUUCAUUGUGAUAUUUUACUGUCGUGAAGAUUUAUAUUUGAGCUGUAGAGUGGUAUGGUCGUACUGUCUCUGUA